CACACUCGAUAUGUCUUCUAGCGGCACUGGUCCAUCAUCAUAGUAUAGUAGCAUCCGUGGUUUUGACUUCUGCCCUUGGCAUUGCGGAGGCAGGCGGAUGUGAGUGCGCUAGAUCGGAACCUCAGGUGCAGGUGUGGAAAUUACAAUAUUCUAUCUGACGUCGUUGYUAYAAGAGAAAGGGGUUCAGCAAACGCGCGGAGCGAAACCCUCGUGAUUGGUUGAAGGGGUGAGGUCAGGUAGGAGUCGAGGCGCCGGUUGUUUAAAAACCCCUCCCCGUAUGCCGUGCAUUUAGACGCGAAUCAAUUUUCGUGUCUUUAUGUUCAAGACGGCCAACUACCCGAUGGCUGCGGAUCCCGCGCCCACCAUCAUGCAUGGGAGUUGGUUCAACAACACAGGCUUCAGGGAAAACAAUACGCCUGUGGCGGUGGAGAAACCGAAGAAGAAGGCAUUUUACCUGGUCAGAAUGAUGUCUCUCAACAACAAUAAGAAAGAGCAACAAACCAACCAUCAGCAUCACCAGAAUAACAAUAUGCCCUUCAUGAUCCACUGUCACAUCGGGAAAGAGAUCAAGCACAUUUGCAGCAACUGCAGCCGCGCGAACGAUACCCAGGAUGCGGAGGAGGUUGAGAGGCUGGCCGCAAUGCGCUCUGAGUCCCUGGUCCCUGGCACGCACACCCCGCCCAUCCGCCGCCGCAGCAAGUUUGCCACUCUGGGCCGUCUCCUCAAGCCCUGGAAGUGGAGGAAGAAGAAGAGUGAGAAGUUCAAGCAGACCUCUGCAGCGUUGGAGAGGAAGAUGUCGGUAAGGCAAAGCAGAGAGGAGCUGAUUAAGAGAGGUGUGCUGAAGGAGAUCUUUGAGAAAGCAACCGUGGAGUUCCGAUCCUCGAUGGAGGGCGGAGUCUGCACUCAGGAGCCCUCUAGUAUGAAGUCGUCUAUGGUCCUUCCUUCAAAGAAAUCUGUUGGUUUCCUCUGCAACGUUCAGGACAACGCCGCCAAGCCCCCCAUGUACCACAAACAGCCCCCUGCGCUCCCCCCCAAACCUUUCAACAGGAUUCCUAACUACAGCACAGACUCUUGCCAGCAGAUGAAGCUGUCCUGUAUGCCAGGCCAGGGAGGGAAGCUCUCUCCUCCUCUACCUCCCAAGAAGGUUAUGAUCUGUGUGCCUCAAGGGGGAAUGGACAGCUCCUCUCCCUCCCCCCUCGGCACUUUCUCCCAGCAGAAGUGUCCCCCUCCACAGGGUCACCCCCAGGGCCACCCCCCCCACCACGGACCUCUGCUGCCCUCGCAGCUCACAGCCCUGACCAACCUCCACCAGUGCCUCCUGGGAGGUGGGAACCACCAUAACCACGGGCACACCCACAACCAUGGCCACAGCCACCCGCUCCAGCUCAAAUACGGAUCCAUGCAAGGCCACACCCCCAGCCGCAUCAUCGAGGAGCUCAACAAGACGCUGGCCUUCAACCUGCAGAGGCUGGAGAACAAUGCAAUGCAUUCUGGUCAGUGUAGUCUGCUGGACAGAAGCCAGGUGCCCUUUGUGGUCAUCGAUGAGAACAACAAGGAGAACAUGCCCAACGAGUCCGACUACGAAGACCUACCCAGCAUGUACAAAGAUGAGGAUGAUAACGAUGAAUAUGAUGACGAGGAUGAUGAUGAUUCGCUCUUUACAAGUACCCUGGCUCUGAAGGUGUUGAGGAAGGACUCUCUGGCCGUCAAGCUGAGUAAUCGUCCAUCUAAGAGUGAGCUGGAGGAGAAGAACAUCCUGCCAAUGCAGACUGACGAGGAGAGGCUGGAGUCCAGGCAGCAGAUAGGCACCAAGCUCACACGGCGGUUGAGUCAGAGGCCCAGUGCUGAGGAGCUGGAACAGCGGAAUAUCCUGAAACGUGAGUACUCGCGCAACGAGCAGGAGGAGUUGGAGGAGAAGAGGGAGAUAAAACGACGACUAACGCGAAAGCUGAGUCAGAGGCCCACGGUGGAGGAGCUGAGACAGGCGAAGAUCCUGAUUCGCUUCAGUGACUACGUAGAGGUGUCUGACGCCCCGGAACACGACCGACGGGCAGACAAACCCUGGACACGCCUCACAGCAGCCGACAAGGCAGCCAUACGGAAGGAACUCAACGAUUUCAAGAGCAACGAGAUGGAAGUGCAUGAGUCAAGUCGCCAUUUAACCAGGUUUCACAGACCAUAGACCAUCACUGUCUGAUUGGAACGCUAGACAGACUGGCUGUUUUCCACUGAGAACCAUAAGUGCUGGACAGUAAAUGGUGCCCAUUUCUACAAUAAGGCCAUGUCUUCUGAUCUGAAAUGCCUUUCAAUACCCUGCAACUGAGUUGGUCGGUAGCUUCCCCUCCAGAGACAAACAGUAGAUGGACACCUGAUUUAGUAGCACAUAAUCUAACCCCCCAAUUCCCACCCAUCUUCUUAACAUCUUUUCUUUCUGUGUAACUGACUAGCUGGUCCCACACCCUAGUGCUGAACGCUCAGGAAGGCACCUCCGUGCUUUGGGGCUGAUGGUAGUGGGAUGGGCUGGUUGGGAUUGGACACCUGCCAUCUCUACAUCAUUGACUGGCUGUGAUGACACCCUCACGGUGUCAUUCUUGGCUGUGAUUGAUCUGUUGCUCUUGGUGAGAGGAGCCUCCACGUCCUCACUCUCUCUUCAUCAAAAAGGACAGUUUUAACCCAUCUACCCAUGGACCUUUGGAGAGAUGGACUUCAACCACUUGGAGAAUGUUAUCCUGGCUUGGCUAAGAUUAACCUGGUGUUGUUUGUAGAGUCACCUGUAGUGUUUGAAUGGUGAAAGAGAAAAAGAAGUGGGGGAAUCCAUACGACACUCCAGAAUUAUGUGCAAUAUUUUUCCUCUGCUCUUCUUGGGUUAUAGCGCCCUCUGGGGCUCACCCUGUGUCAGUAUCAUGUAAUCCCACCUCUACUUCUCCCCGACAUGGGCAGUUCAGUUCCCGCUGUUACUGACAAUGUUGUCUAUUGCGAACUGUGAAUUUGAGAGUGCAGACAAUUUUUGUUUUUUUGUUUUACACUCUCCAAUUAUACUUUGUUUAUACAGACAUGAAAGUAACAAGAGAAUCACGCUUCAAUAUUGUCCAUUUCAUGUUGGGAUCGUAAAAGGGUAAAUUCAAUGAAAAAUGCAGCUGGCAGAUAAUGCACUAACUGUAUAUAUGUGUUAAGGUUGAACAGCUUUUUAUAUCAUUUUAGUUUUGUUUUUAAAAGUGGUGCUUUGAUUUUAAACUGAGUUAUGGCUUUAGGGGAUGUCACAGGCCUCUGACGUUUGAAUAUAGACUUCCUCCGAGAAGAGAGAAUCUACUUCCCGAAUGGCACCCUAUUUCCUAUAAUGUGCACUACCUUUGACCAGAGCCAUAUGGGUCCUGGUCAAAAGUAGUGCACUAAAUGGGGAAUAGGGUGCCAUUUAGAAUGGGACCCUUGGUUUGCCAUCCAGGAAUACUUUAUGGUUUUUAUUAUUUAUUGGUGAGAAUCAAGCUUUUCUCAUGUUUUGCAUUCUUAUGUUUAAUGAACUCUGCUGAUGUGAGUGCGCUGCACUUACUUGGUUCUGUUUUUGGGGGGGAUUUGUCUUUUUUUCUUCCUGUGUCUAUUUAAGAACAAGCUAUAUUCUUUCUGCCUCUGGGCAAACUGUAUGAAAACCCUGUUUUUUUUGUUGUUCUCGUUUUCUUACUGUGAAUGUUUAAAUCCCAGAGUAUUCUUUUUUUACUUUUCUUGAAAAUGGUCCUCUACUUUUCUGUUUUUUUGUUAUGAUUUUACGAAAGGCUCCAAUGGGCAUAUCGGGAUUGGAUUUUCAUUGGCCACUUUGAGUUGUUUUUAAAUGGUACCCAAUAUUCUUUACUCUUAAAAUUGCUAUAUGAAAACGUUUGCUUGUCAUAAAACAGAUUAGUUAUGGUGAAAGGCCAGACUGGCCAUGUACCUGCAUAGGAAAAUGUAGGAACAAAAAGACAUGCUCUGUCAUUUUGAACAUCUUUGUAGUUCUGUGAGAAGAUGCCCCAAUGAAAUUUGCAAAAACAUUCUGGAACAUAGAAGGUAUUGCACAUUUGGUUAUCAGCGAUGUUAUAUUAGUUUGACGCAUUUAUGUUCCACAUAUUGCUUAAUUUAUUACACCGGUUAUUCUCAUUUACAAUAUUGUCCCUGUGUGUUUAUCCUAAUUUUCAUUGGGGUACCUUAAGGAAGUAAAACCUUCAGAAGAUGAUAAGGUUAUGUUUUCUGCUCAAACCAGCUACCUUUUUGAUUCCAGCAUCAUGCCACCCACAUGUUUUCCCCCAACACGUUUUGGGCAUUUUGUAGAAUCUUAAAGCUUUUGAUCAAUACUUUGAGGAGGCCCUUCUCCAUUUGUCUAUUGACAAAUCGCCUCAGAGCAGGAGGAUGGUGUCAUGUUGGAAUUGAGGAAUAUAAAUUCUGCAAUAAACUGUUUUCAGUUACAUGUACGUGGAGAGAAUUAAGUAAUUUGAAAAUGAGCUUUUUUUCCCUUCUCCAAUUUGGAAAUAUAGAUUCCUUUCCAUUUGCCAUGUGAAUGACCACCAUGUCUUUAUUAAACAUCAUGAUGUAUGUUGCAGUCUUUGUACGAUCAUUUAUUUGACGUAUAUUUUCUCAAACCAUGGCAAUAUUACCAUCAGAGGCUAUUGGGUCUAUGGCUGCCCAGGAAUUGUAGCUAAUGUGAUUUGAGUAUAAUACUUAUGUAGCCUUACUACUUUGGCUUUCAUUCCAUCCCCUUUAAUCUCAAAGCAUAUUUUGUGUCUAUCUCAUUUAUGCUUUUGGGAUCUUUACAUUGAUUACAACCUCUUCAGUCUCUCAUUGAAGAGGUUAUCCCACAGAGAUCGUAUAAAUCACUAUGUAAUUCUAUGGGUUAUCCUCUCGGUUUAUGAGUUCGUGAAGCUCCUGAUCCCGAAUAGUCUGGAUGUGCCACUUGUUGUUUUUGGGUUUCAUAUUAGAUUUGAAUAUCUAAUUUCAAACCAUUCAAACUAUUUUCAUCAAACUAAAAAGUCAAUUUUGACAUGGUAUAACAAUCACUUGGCUAUAAUGGCCCUGGCCACCCCAUUGACAACUCUUUUUAAUACUUCCAUGACAUGCAAGUGUUCACAAUGACUUGUUUAAACAUCUCAGAAAUAAGUAUUGAGUAUACUUAAAGGUCCUUUGUUACACUAGUAGAGUAAUGUAUAUUAAAUCCUAUGUACAGAACUACAGGAGUCUCCCAUAGCCUACCCUCUGUCAUGCUUUACUUUGCACAGGUGGACAAUGCAUGUAACAGGUAGACUGAUUUGUGUCUGUCCAAUAAAUCUUUAUUAAAAGGAUUUUUC